GUCAUAUUUACCUAACUGACUCACUCGUUCAUCGAUAUAAACAAGUAGAUUGGUGUAACCUUAUCUUGCAAAGAAAUGGGCAAAGUUAAGAGGCUGGUGGCGAAUAAUCCGGUUGUGAUUUUCAGCAAAACAAGCUGUUGCAUAAGCCAUACAGUCAAGAGUCUGAUAAGCAACUUUGGAGCCAGUCCAACUGUAUACGAGCUUGAUGAGCUUUCUAACGGGAAACAGAUAGAAGAAGAGCUUGUGGGAUUAGGGUGUCCUACCAUACCUGCUGUGUUCAUUGGGAAGAAGAUGAUUGGAGGUGCUAAUGAGGUAAUGAGCCUUAAUGUGAAAAGCAAGCUUAAACCACUGCUUAUCCAGGCAAAAGCUAUAUGGGUUUAAGGUGCAAUAUGAGUAAAGAUUAAAUGUAUUAGAUGAAAUAAUAUGGUGUUGUAGCUUGUGGUCUCAGUUGUGCCUUUAUAUCCGGCGUUAAUUUCUUUUGCUAAAUAAAAGCAUCUCCAACCCAUAAAAAAUGGAGGUCAUGUUUCAACCAGAAUCAUUAAUUAAACACAAACUUUUUGUGUAAA